CCCGGCCUGCCCCCCCUCCCCCCCUCCCCCAACCAGAUCUCGCCGCGAUGGCGCCCGCCGAUGCCGCGCGCCGCCUGCUCCUCCUCCUCGCGGUGGCCGGGGCCGUCCUCCGCCCGGCCGCGGCGGAGAUCAAGCAGGAGUCCUUCAAGGACGACUCCCGCGGGACCAUCCUCUUCGAGAAGUUCGGCUUCUCGCACCGCGGGUCCGUCUCCAUCGCGCUCACCGGCGCCAAGGCCGUCUCCAAGCUCGCCAAGCCGGACCCCGCGCAGCUUGGCUUCUUCCUCCUCUCCGACGAGGCCCUCUUCGAGGCCAUCUACGAGCAGCCGCCGCCCACGGAUCUGAACCCCAACCCCGACCCCAACACGGGCUGCGUCCUCGCCAGCCGCUACGUCAUCCCGCUCUUCACCUUCGCCGAACUCGACGCCAGCGGCAACUGCAACAAGACCUUCCCCGUCUCCCACCCCGACGAGUACAGCCUCUUCUUCGCCAACUGCGCGCCCGAGACCGCCGUCACCAUGGAGGUACGCACCGACAUGUACAACACCAACCCGGACGGCUCCAAGGACUACCUCUCCGUCGGCCAGGCCCCCGUCCCGACGAUCUACGCCUUCUUCGCGCUCGGCUACGUCGCCUUCCUGGCCGGCUGGCUCUACCUCACCCUCUACCACAACCGCCUCUCGGCGCACCGCAUCCACCACCUCAUGUCCUGCCUGCUCCUCGCCCGUAUGCUCUACUGCAUCUCGGCCGCUGAGGACCAGCACUACAUCCGCGUCGCCGGAUCUUCGCAUGGGUGGGACGUGAUGUUCUAUCUGUUCCAGCUUGUUAAGGGUGUGAUCUUGUUCGCCGUGAUCGCGCUGAUUGGUACCGGCUGGUCGUUCCUCAAGCCCUUCCUGCAGGACAAGGAGAAGAAGGUGCUCAUGGUGGUGAUCCCGUUGCAGGUUGCAGCUAACAUUGCUGCAGCCGUCGUUGGUGAGACCGGGCAGUACUUGCAAGCAUGGGUGACAUGGAACCAGAUCUUCUUGUUUGUUGAUGUGGCCUGCUGCUGCGCGGUGCUCUUCCCAGUUGUGUGGUCGAUGCGUUCGCUGCGCGAGUCAUCCAAGACAGACGGCAAGGCUGCACGAACCCUUGCCAAGCUCACGCUCUUCCGCCAGUUCUACGUCGUUGUGAUUGGAUACUUGUACUUCACAAGGAUCAUUGUCUACGCGCUCAAGACAAUCACCAACUACAAGUACAGAUGGGUGAGUGUCGCGGCAGAGGAGGUGGCCACCAUGGCAUUCUACAUGUUCAUGUUCUACAUGUUCAAGCCGGCUGAGAGGAACCAGUACUUUGCUCUGGAUGACGAUGAGGAGGAGGCUGCGGAGAUGGCUCUCCGUGAGGAGGAGUUCGAGCUCUAGAGUGUUGCUGUGAGGGGAUACAUGAUGACAGGAAAUGCAGCCCUACCUGUUCAAUUUCUCCUCCUUGUGAUGUUGAUCAUACUAUACAGAUGCAGGAUUUAACUUAUAUUUGUCUAUGUACUGUGGUAAAUCUUCACUUCUGCUUAUUUCUUUUAGCUUCAAAUGUUGCCAGUGAGACCAGGGGUAAUUUGGAUUGCUUGUGUUGCAAACUAGGCGAAUUCAAUCACUGCUGUCAUUUUGCCAAGUCUUA